AUGGCGCCGCCGCCUCGGAGUGAUGGUGGCUUGAAUGUCAUUGCUUUGAUAUCUGGUGGCAAGGAUAGCUUCUUCUCUGCGCUGCACUGCCUGGAGAAUGGUCAUCGCGUGGUCGCCCUGGCAAAUUUGCACCCUCCGCCACCAUCGGCGCCAACUUCUAGACCUGUCAGUGACAAGACAAGCUUUGGCUCUGGCUCUGGGCCGGGUGUGACGGGAGCCGGCGGUAGCCAACAUGACAGUUCCCAGCAUGCUGCCGGCAGUGUUAGCGAUGAUCCAGACUCAAGUCUGGCACAGCUGAAUCUGAACAGGGACCAGCCCCAGGAAGACGGCGCGAGCGCCGAUAGUGACGAGGAGACGGACCUCAACUCGUUCAUGUAUCAAACGGUCGGGCACCAGGUCAUCCCACUCUACUCCAAAGCUACCGGGAUUCCGCUGUACCGGCAGCCGAUUGUGGGCGGCGCGGUCCAGAGCGGGAGGGAAUAUUCGACCGCCUCUACGACCACUGAAGACGAAGUUGAAUCAAUGCUCCAGCUGCUAGAGAAAGUCAAGGCAGCCCACCCAGAGGCCAACGCCGUCAGCGCCGGUGCCAUCCUCAGCACGUACCAGCGCACCCGCGUCGAGUCCGUGGCCAUCCGCCUGGGGUUGACGCCGCUGGCGUACCUGUGGAAGUACCCGGCGCUUCCUAGCCCGUCAUCAUCCGUGGCAGGCGCUGAUGAUGACGAGGCCCAGCUGCUCUACGACAUGGGCUCGGCUGGGCUGGACGCGCGCAUCAUCAAGGUCGCGUCUGGGGCGCUCAACGAGAGCUUCCUAUGGGAGAACGUGGCCAGCGCUAAGGGCGCGACGAUGCUCAAGGUGGCCGCGUCGAGGUUCGGUGGUGAGGGAGCGGUUCUGGGCGAGGGCGGCGAGUUCGAGACUCUCGUUGUUGAUGGGCCGAGUCGGCUGUUCAAGAAGAGCAUUGCAGUAAUCAAGGAUGAUAGGGAGGUUAUUCGAGAGGGAGGCGAAACCGCGUGGUUGAGAAUUCGGUACCCCAGGGUCGUGGAGAAGGUGACGACCGAGGCUGAUGAGGAAUCAUUGGUCAUUAGGAGGCCAGGUCUCCUCGAUGAGAGGUUUUUUGCGACGCUGGAGAAUAUGAAGUCUGUUGAUGAAUCGGAUAUGACCCAGGACACUGAAGAACGUGUCUCUUCCCUGAGCAUGGGGCCUACACUACAGACUUGGGCAUUCAUCGGCCACCCAAAACACGGCAAGCUCUCGAUUGAGGCAGAUACCAGCAUCCUCGUCGAUGCAAUCCGUGCUCGUCUCCGGGAGCAGGAACUCACGCCGAAGGCCAUCGUCUCCACAGUCAUCAUACUCCGCUCAAUGUCUGACUUCCAAACCAUCAACAAAGUCUAUGGCUCUCUCUUCUCUGACCCCAACCCACCUUCUCGCGUCACCAUCGCAUGUGGCGAUAUCCUACCCGAAGACACAAAAAUCACAAUCUACGUUACUGUAACAGAUCCAGCGAGCGCAGCGGACAGGCAAGGUCUGCAUGUGCAGUCCAGAUCAUACUGGGCACCCGCCAACAUCGGCCCCUACAGCCAGGCCAUCACCUUACCGAUGGCGGCCACAAAGGAGGCGGCCAAUGGGCCGCGGAUGGCCCACAUAGCAGGCCAGAUCCCGCUCGUGCCGGCGACUAUGGACCUGCCGACAGACGGCGGGCUGGAGAUGCAGCUAGUACUCUCGCUGCAGCAUCUCUGGCGCAUUGGUGUCGAGAUGAGCGUGCAGUGGUGGACGAGCGCGGCGGUGUACUUCCCCCGCAGCAGCAAGUCGAAAUACGACCUCCCGGCGCAGGACAAGGCGAUGCUCGCGUGGAGGGCGUGGAGGGCCGCGCACCAGUGGGUAUCGCCCCGGCUCAGCGACGAGGACAACUCCGGACCGGACUUGUGGGACAGGAGGUUCAACGCCAAGUAUCUCUUCUACGGCAACGGCGAGGCGGACAAGGCCGAGAAGACCAGCCUGCCGUACUACGCCAACACACCCCGGGAUGACGAGGAGGAAGAGGGGCCGAGGAGACCCGUGCCCUUCUUCUUCGCCGCCGAGGUCGACGAGCUGCCCCGCUCCGCCGAGGCCGAGUGGCACGCCCACGCCGGCCUGAGCCACGUGGAGUGGGAGGCCGCGGGCCGGUUCGCAGUCCAUGACGAUGAGAGCUUCGACACGGUGCGCGGCGGCAGGUGUCGCAUCGGCCACUCGGCGGUCGUGCUCGGGCCCGGCGAGGAAGGCGGCGACACCUACCUGCACAGCUUGGCCGCCAUCGAGGCCCCUGGUGCUGGCGACACCGCGCAGCAGCAGGCCGCUGCCCCGGCUCUGGAGGCGCAGAUCGAGGAGGCUAACGAGCUCGUGGGCAUGAGCUAUGAGAGCCGCUUCGGGUGCGUGCCGUGUGUCGGAUCUAGUGAGGCGAAGGCGGAGGCCAGAUAUCCCAUGCCGUACCUUGUAUAUGUCAACUGCGAGGUCUUUGAGCCUGAGCAGAUGGGGUCUAUCAUGAGGGAGCUCGGGAUGGCUGUUGUGCCGUGCGCGUCGCUGUACAGUGGGCCUGGUGGCGGCACUCGGUUUGCGAUGGUGGCACUGUAUAGGACCUUGUUGGGUCCGGUUGUGGACGGGAAGGAAGGACAUGAGGGAUGA